AAGGACUCGGGUUCUUAGUGAGAAUGUGAACAGAUUCUAACAGGACAUAUCGUAAAAAUUUGGAUUUAUUCAGUUCAUUUUAUUCAUUUCAUCAAAGAUUUGGACAGAUCUGACAACUUCCAUGAUGUCACUUCCGGUAUUCUCAGUGUUAAUAUUGAUGUGGUGUGUUGAAGCGUUUUCCAUUACAUUUAACUACACGGAAUUGAGCAAUGUCGUCGACCAGUGCCGAACCAGGUGUUAUCUCCAGAAUUUCAAAGACAAUGGUCAAUUUUCAUGCAGGACUCCAGCUUGUAAACAGUGCCUGAUUCCCUGUUCCACCAACCUGAUUCAGAGUAGAACGAACUGUCAAAAAGAGUGUGGUCUUGAUCAACAUGACUGUAUAUCAAGCUGCUCUUUUGUACAGUCUACUUCUUUCAAUCAAAGUUUCGUGGAACCAGGUAUAAUGAUGCAUUUGGCCCUACAGACGUGUAGAUUCAAUGAACCAGCAAUGGGAAACAUUUCGCAGACCUUCAAUGUUGUUUUGAAGUGGAAUCCCGAAAGCAGUGACAUAAAUGUGACAGAGUAUACCAUUUGGAGAAAAAUUAAGCUAGAUUCGUUUCAGGAAAGAGAAUGGCAGUUGAUCAACAUAACAAAUGCGUCGAGAUUGAAACUAGACGAUUUAACCCCAGAAGUGGAUUAUAAAUUUAAAGUUGUUCCAGUAUCACUUGAGGAUGGUCGUCUGAUGCAGUCUUCAGAAACGGAGUGGAUUAAGACGUUCGGAGGAGACUCUGCAGUUCAAAAGCCAGCCAAGGUUACCGUCUCUAACGAAACAAUUAAAGAGCGGUCUGUGAAGGUUCUGUUAUCCUGGGAUCUGCCACCUGAUAAGCCUUGUUAUUACAAACUAUUCUGGAUGUCUGCAAACUGUGGAUCUCAUAAAAGUCGUGUGGUUGACUUAUCGACACUACCAGGGCCAUCACUAUGGAUAUCAAAGCUUGGUUUUGGCUGUGACUAUAAAUUUGACAUUCAGAGCUCUGUUGACUCAAUUUUCAACAAAGUUAGCGACUUCAGAGUGACGUCAUAUCGCACCAUUGACUGUCUUCCCGCCACUUCGUUUAAUUAUUCCAUUUGUGCCCCUGAAUCGCCAUCAGAAAUCGGAAUAAAAACUGUAGAAACUUAUAUUGACAUGGUGCACAACAUGACAGCGGGAGACAUAUUGCUGUCCUGGAAACCGCCACCAAACAUAAGCCUUAACAACAGAAUCAAUGUGUACCGUGUAAACUUCCGGAAGGUGGCGCCACUACAUUACCUGAAGUAUCUCACCCCCCAUGUGAACAUUACUGAUGUCCCAGGGAAUCAGACAUCGGUGAUCAUAAGGAAACUUCACUGGUAUAAUAGCUAUCGUUUCUCUGUCUCCGCAAUUUCCGGUGGUGGAGAGAGCAAGGGCUGCACGGAAACGUUUAAACUAGGUAGAUCCUAUGAAUCUCUGAAUAAAGAAGAAACUGUCAAAGUAGAGCACCCCAGCGAGGCAGUGAUUGCUGUUGUAAUAGUGGUGAUAGGGAUCCUGGUCGCUUUCUUGAUGAUCUGUAUCAUCAAACGACGGAAAGCCAAACAGGAAGAGGAUGAGGUGGAAGCAGAGAGAAAGAAUAGUGAAGAGGCUUAUAACCCCCUGUACCUGGCUUCUCCACAGUCCUCCUGUAUGGACCCACUCCUGAUAGAUGACAUGGAGAUCUGCUUUGAAAAUUUGCGAUUGAUGGAGGUGAUCGGAGAGGGGGCUUUUGGUAAGGUGCACAGGGGAGAAUAUCAACAGGAAGACGGGAAAAUGUGCACUGUUGCUGUCAAAAUGCUCAAAGAAUUUGCAGAUAAACCGGAAGAAAAAAGUCUUUUAACGGAGAUUGAUGCCAUGAAGCAGCUGGGAUCUCAUCCUAAUAUCGUGGGCAUGCUAGGUUACUGUACCAAACUGUCCUCCCUCUGUCUUCUCAUGGACUAUUGUCCUCUGGGUGAUCUCCGGAAGUAUUUGCUUAACUGCAGACACCAGAUGAUGAAAGCGAGUGAUAGGAUGAAGUUAGGAUCAGAUAGCGGUAUCAGUCCAGGGUGUGACAGAGGACAGGCCGCCGCAUUCUUCCCUCCUGAAUCUGACAUACUGGAGGUGGAUUCUACACAUUCCGAGAGUGAUGAGUCGGAAUCUUGUAUUCAAGAGGCGACAUUGUUGUCGUAUGCCCGCCAGAUAGCCAUUGGAAUGGAAUUUCUGUCUCAGAGGAAGUUUAUCCAUAGGGAUCUGGCAGCCAGAAAUAUUUUAAUGGUGGAUAGUCGCAGACUGAAAAUCUCGGAUUUUGGUCUGACACGUGACAUUUAUGAAACUAACAUGUAUCAGCCGACAUCAUCACGUAAACUGCCCUAUAAGUGGAUGGCCAUUGAGUCCAUAUUCGAUCAAAUUUUUACAAUAAAAUCAGACAUUUGGUCAUUUGGAAUAGUUCUGUGGGAAAUCGUAACACUGGGUGGAAGUCCUUACCCGGGUAUUCCUAAUGAAGAUUUGUUCCGUCUCCUGAAAGAUGGCUACCGCAUGGAUAAACCUGAGAACUGCUCCGCAGAUAUAUACCAAAUGAUGCUCUCUGCGUGGCAUCCAAAUGCACAAUGUAGGCCGAGUUUCAGCGACCUCCGACAAAAACUGGAAUCCAUGUUGGAGGCAACCGAAUCAUAUAUCAACUUGUCUGUCAGCGUAUCACAAGACUAUUAUACGAACGACAACUCAUCGAGGGGCACAACUCCCUGUUCCAUGCCUGAUAGUGUAACGGACAGCACAGGAAGCAGAAUUUCAUCAUACUUCGUCAUGAAUGCUCAAGGGGAGACAAAUCCAUCCCCAGUAGUUCCUAACACUUACUUGGCCUUACCACAGAACAUGUCAACCCAUCCAAACGAGUGUCAACAUGGACUGAAGUCAGUCAGUGGUUAUAACACUGAACAAUGUGACAUGUGUAGAAGUAUACCAUGUGCCUUGUGUAAAAGUGACUCUAUAAACACACAGGAUGACCUUCCCGCUGUGUAUCAUCUAAAGGACCUAUCUACGUCGAGGAAUUGUCAACAAGGAAGUAAAGCUGUAUAUACUGAAACGGAUGGGAAAGUCGAUUCUGAGGUUCAUCCCAGUGUUAUGAUUAUUACGUAGAAUAUAUAAAUCCUGCCUUCAUCCUUAGAAAUCAUCAGCUCCCAUUGACGUACAUGUACUGGUAUUUCUUUCCGUUCUUAAUAUAACGUGCCUGACUGAGAGACGAAAAACCCGGAGUCAGUGACAUUCCUUAGCAUUUGCGUUAAGAUUAAUAUUCAAUGGAUAUAAAUCACACCACCUGAAAUGUGAAGUGCCAGAAACCUUGAUCUAAUAAUUGAUAUCCAAAUAUAUAUGCCUUUGAACUUGUAUGUUGUUUUGCACCCCUUUGGAGACUAUUUUACUCAGAUAUAUACGUCACCAGGUGUGAAUGAAAUGCCACAUAUUUUCACCCAUGCGUGGCGCGCAGGCAGUUUAUGAUUCUGCAGAUGCAUAUCGUGAUAAAGGACCUCCUUUUUACAGUAA